UCUAGAGGAAAAUAGAUAAGAUAGGGAAUUUUUAACACACCACACUCAAAAAUCUGGAAGGCCUCUCAAAGGUUACGGAUGUCAAUAGUAAAGUGAAAGUCACGUGCUUAAAGAUGGCCUCUUGUGUAUCGAGAUCCUUAUUAAAAAAUGUUUCUGCACUAAGGCAUUUAAGUGUUAGAAACUGUUAUGCUAAAACAUAUGAAAAUUUAAGAAUUGACAAAAAUACCAAAGUCAUUUGCCAAGGAUUUACAGGAAAACAGGGUACAUUCCACAGUCAACAAGCAUUGGAGUAUGGAACUAACCUGGUUGGUGGUGUAUCUCCGAACAAAGCUGGCACUACUCAUCUAGGUCUUCCAGUUUUUAAGUCUGUUAAAGAGGCUUCUGAAAAAACUGGUGCUACAGCAACAGUAAUUUAUGUUCCUGCUUCAGCUGCGGCUGCUGCCAUUUUAGAAGCUAUUGAUGCAGAAAUCCCUCUUGUUGUUUGUAUUACUGAAGGCAUACCACAACAAGAUAUGGUGCGAGUUAAGCACAGACUAGUCAACCAAAGCAAAACUCGUCUUGUGGGCCCUAACUGUCCAGGAAUAAUAAAGCCUGGGGGAUGCAAAAUAGGAAUUAUGCCAGGCCAUAUUCAUCAGAGUGGAAAGAUUGGUAUUGUUUCCAGAUCUGGUACUUUAACUUAUGAAGCUGUUCACCAAACUACUGUUGCUGGAUUAGGACAGUCUCUAUGUGUAGGAAUUGGAGGGGACCCUUUUAAUGGAACAAACUUCAUUGAUUGCCUUAGUAUAUUUUUAAAUGAUCCUGAAACUAAAGGUAUUAUAUUAAUAGGAGAAAUCGGUGGAGGUGAAGAAGAAAAAGCAGCUGAAUAUUUGACAAAGCACAAUACUGGGAGCAAUGCUAAACCUGUGGUUUCAUUUAUUGCUGGUCUCACUGCCCCUCCUGGUAGAAGAAUGGGCCACGCUGGUGCAAUUAUUUCUGGUGGAAAAGGUGGUGCAAUGCAGAAGAUAGAAGCUUUACAAGCUGCUGGAGUUAUAGUUACAAGAUCUCCUGCACAAAUGGGUUCAACCAUUCUUCAGUAUGUUAAACCUUAAGCCUGUGAUAAGAUCCUUGCCAUGUUUAUUAGCAAAAUUUUCUACCCAAGUUGUCUCAAGAAACAUUUGAUCCUGUCACCAGUUGAAAUUUCCUACUAUAUAAGCUCUUAAAUGCCAAGAGUAAAUAAUCUAUCGACUUAAACCUUGUCUUGGCAAGUUUUUAUGUGUUAAUUUUAUUCAAAAAUUUAAUGAAAUGUUUAAUCCUGCAUAUAAAUAAUUUAUUUACUGCUUUUUGAGAAGAAAUAUGAAACACUUAUAGAGAACUGUUUUAAAUAAAAUCCAAGUAUUAAUAAAAACUUUUUUUUCUGAGAA